UUCCGGGGCUACAGAACUUGUUUACAUUGGAGAUUUACUUCCCUUUGUCGGAAAGCUGAAUGUUCUGGGAAGUUUCCAAAUCGGUUAGUCAUAUACCUCGACGAUUAUGUUACAAAGUGUUGAAAUGUCAACAGCAGGUUUAGUAUGCCAUGGCUAGUGGACAAGGGCCAAGUAGACGAGACACUAGACCGCACAGUUUGUCCAAGGACGAGGCUUAUGCAAGACAGCUGCAGGAAGAGGAGAAUGCUGCUGCAAGAGAGGAGGACGAACAAAUAGCAAGAAGAAUGCACAGAAAUAUCAACAUUAUGCCAAUGCCCAUGAUGAGGCUAAGAGGAAAUGGAGAUCAUCCUCCACCAUCACACCUCAGAUCCAUGACUCCGAUUACUCAACUAUUCGCAGAUCUAGUGGUCCAUGCUGGCAGAAAUAAUCGAAGAGAUCCAGCAGCUGUCUCAGACAGUGAAGAAGAGGAUUCGGACACAGGGUCAGACAGUACUGUAGAAGAAAAUUCUCCCAAUGCAAGUCCUGUAGCUCAGGCCAGGGGCCAGAAUGGGAGAGGGGGAAGGGGAGCAGUACCAAUAAAUCCCAGGAGAUCUGUACAUGGUAUGAGGCCAACAGAGACAGGGGUUGUUUCCACACCCUCUCCCUCAACGAACCCCACCCGCAGAGGAACUACCAGGGGAAGAGGUCGAGGAAGAAUUACAGCAAGGAGAGGCAGGGGUACUGGAAGGGGAACCGCCCGAAGACAGUCAACAAAUGACUCCUCAGAUAUGGAACCUGGAACAAUGGAAGCCAGUGCCCCACCUUUGUCCUUGGCUUUGAAUCGUCCAGAACUUCCCAGGGGGGAGACGGAACCUGAGAUUAUGCUGUUAAACAAUAGACAAGCUAACUCCACUUCAGAUGACCGAUUCAUUCACAUCAUGAGAGAUCCCAUGUUACUGAUAUUGUUCCUAAUGGGACGUAGACCUGAAAUGCUUGUUCCUGAUGAUGUAGACCCAAAUGAUUAUGAGUCUUUAUGGGAAUUGGCCGAAAGAAUCGGGGAAGUGAAAAACCGAGGCAUGGAGGAAAACGAAAUAAAGGCUCUGCCAGUGAAGACAUACAACUCCAAAGCCAAAGUCUACACGGAGGAUCACGAGGGACCAGGGUGUAGGGUGUGUCUGUCUUCAUUCAAAAGCGGGGACAAGCUUUGUACUCUGCCCUGUAAACAUGACUACCAUGCCGCCUGUGUCAAAGAGUGGCUGAAGAGAAAUGCAAGCUGUCCUAUUUGCAGGCUUGACUUGAAACCUAGUUAAGAAGAGAAGGUUUUUACUGAUGCAAAAUGGAUGAGAAGGGAUUUUACACUUAAUCAAAGGAGGAGUGUAGAGAAUUGUCCCCUAAAUGCAAGGUUUAAUGUAUGGUACAUAGAUUUUUUUUAUAGAAAAUAUUCUUAUGUUUUUAUUUUAAAAACCAUUGUUCUAGAGUGAUAUUUUUAAGAUGAGAUACAUAUUUCAUUUGUUAUUUAUUAUCUUUUUGGGGAUGUAUGGUAAUUAUUCCAUGCAUUUUAUAUAAGUUUGAUUUUUUUCCUCAUGCCAACAUUCCGAAAAUAUCCACUUGAGCCAAUAUAAUCUUAUUUACAGUUGUAUUUGAAUCAUGUUUUGGUAAUCUAUUUAUCUAUUAAAAAUUUGUAUAGGAAAUAUUAAAAAUGAUAAGAAAUUUAUUUCAAGAAUUUAAGGUAUUCAAUGUAUAAUGAAGGGAUAUUGAACAAUUUUGAAUCAUUUUAAACUAGUUAAAUAUGUAUUGCUAGAUAACUAUGAACGUGAAAUGAACCAAAUUCAUAAGACAAAAAACAUAUAAGGAGCUGGUCAUUUUGCACUUUAAAUUUUUAAAAAACAGUUAUCUCCCCUUGAUGAAAAAAAAACAAAAUUUUAAUUUCCUCAAAAUAUCUGCGGUAAAUGAUUCAUUUUAUUUCAUAUUUCAAUAAAGAGAAAGUUUAUGCAUGUAUUAACCAAAAAUGUUUUAUGAAUUUUAGGUUACUUUUUACAAUAUCUUAAUAAAACAUACUUUGCCCAUAGACUUCAAUGCAAAAUUCAAGGUGUAAUUAGUUGGACUAUAAUCAAAAUUUUGAAAAUUCCUUUGGUGGAGUAUUUUUAUUUGAUAACACCUUCAAAAUGAUAUCAUGAUUAAGAAUAUUGGACCAUUCAUUUAUAAGGUACAAAAUGUGGUCGUUAUACAUCGAAUACCUUAAAUACUGGUUUAUGGAUCAACACAUUUAUGUACAUUAUAUCAAUAUUUUUUACAUAUGCUAGUUGCACUAUUUUAAUUUUCUUACAUUAUGUUUAUUUAAAUUGUGGAAGGUGUCAAAUACAUGUACAUGUAUACAUUUUGAAUUUAAACCCAGAUAUCGAAGUAACGGGUAAAUUGUUUAUUGGCAGUAGUUUUAACCUCCUGACUAUUUUACCUUCCUUUUGUUAACUAGACUAUAUUAUAACAACGUAAGAUAAAUAGCAUCUAGUUUACAGUUAAGCUUAACUGUAUUUCUGAGAUUGGUUGAUGCCAGAUUUAUAUGAGAAAUAGAGCGAACACUCACAUCUUGUUGUGUAUUUUGUUUAUUGUGAUGAUAUUUUCUUUGUACAUGUAUUACAUUUCCACUCCAUUAGUAACGAAUGUACUAUGUGCAGAAAGCUAAUUUUUUUUAUUGUAAAUUGUUGCAUUUUUAGAUUUUAACACAAUGUGAACUUUAUUUACCAAUGUUUUUUCUGGCCAGCACCAAUAAUGUUGUCUGUGUGUUAGGUGGCAUUUUGUUCACUGGUUUGAAGUUAUGGUAACAAUGAGAGGUUAUGGAAUUUGCUUGAACAGAUUCAAACUGAUGUAGUGGAUUGGUUUUCUAGUGUUGUUUAGAUAAGUCAUCGCUCAAGUACAUCUACAUGUACGUAUGCACUAGUUGGUCUAUAAUCUAGUCAUAAGAUUCAGUCUGUACGAAAUAGUUAAAGGGUAGAAAAAAAUCACAUUUGAUGAAUAUGUUAUAUAAAAUCUUUCGUUUGUGAUUGUUAAAAGGAUUUUUCUCACUUUAGAGAAAAUACUGGAUUAUGGAUAUACAUGUAUAUUUAUUUUUUUCUCAUUAUACAUGAGUAAAUAUGACUCAUUGAUUUCGCUUAUUUUUAAAUGUUUUCAUGUGAUAAAAUUCCUUUUUAUUGUUUUUAAUUUUAUGGCAUAUCCGUCCAAUAUAUGUAUACUAUGUACUAAAAUAGUCCCAUUUGACACGAGUGAUCCUGAUUGUGAUGUUUUCUUUUACAUUAUAAACAUAUUUGUAUACUGUGUUAAUAGUUUGAUAGCUAUUGAUUUAUUUCUAUUUGUCGUUGUAUUGAACUUUGCACAAUAAAAUCAGUCUGUCUGUCUGUC